GCCGGCCGCCUGGUGCUCGGGCGGCAACUGGUGGGCCGGCGCGCGCCGGCGGUUCAUAUCGCAAUUGGAGCAACAGGUCGUUCCAGUCAGAGUAGCAAGUGGCGGUGUUGAAAGCGCUCAAAGAUCUCUUUAUAAUCGCGUGACCGCUUCGAACGGAAGGACACUCAGAAAGCGGGUACCAACGUGUACUGGACGGAGGCAACGGAAGAAGAGAACAACGGAGAACCACCAAAAGUGAAGCAAUGGACAAAAAAAGUGGGGGUCAAAUGGAUAUUAAAAUUGACGGCCAGGAUGUGGGAAAACUGGUGAUUGAAGGAAAGACAAAAUGUGUCUGGGAUCUACCAAAACUACCAGGACACGUCCUUCUCCAAAGCAAAGAUCGCAUUACUGCUGGUGAUGGUGUAAAAGCUCAUAAUAUGGAAGGCAAAGCUGCCAUAUCCAACCAAACCAAUGGAAAAGUAUUUGAGCUUCUCAAUUCUGUUGGGGUGAGAACAGCUUAUGUUAAAAGUGCUGGCGAGAAGUCCUUUAUUUCCAAGAAAUGUGCAAUGAUUCCCAUUGAAUGGGUUGCCCGCCGUUUAGCGACAGGGUCCUUUUUAAAACGCAACCCAGGUGUGCCUGAAGGAUACCGCUUCAAUCCUCCAGUACAAGAAACUUUUUUCAAGGAUGAUGCUAACCAUGAUCCUCAAUGGUCAGAGCAACAGAUUGUAUCAGCAGAUUUUAACGUGAAUGGCAGACGCAUUGGUCAGGAUGAAGUAGACAUUAUGCGCAGAACUACAAUUUUAGUAUUUGAAAUACUGGAGAAAGCUUGGGCAACCCGAAAUUGUGCUCUAAUAGAUAUGAAGAUUGAAUUUGGUGUAGAUUCUAAAGGAGACAUUCUUCUUGCUGAUGUUAUUGAUAAUGAUUCCUGGAGGCUGUGGCCUUCUGGUGAUAAGCGCUUAAUGAAGGAUAAGCAGGUUUACAGAAAUCUCACCACUGUUACUGAAGCUGAUUUGCUUGAUCUCAAGAAAAAUUUCAAGUGGGUUGUUGAUCAGUUGGAUCUCCUGCCACGCGUUUCAGAUUCACUGGUUGUUAUUUUGAUGGGUUCACCGUCUGAUGAAGAACAUUGCAAGAAGAUUGCAAAGUAUUGCAAGGACUUUGGAUUACAGACAAAAUUGAGAGUAACAUCGGCUCAUAAGGGUACUGAUGAGACUUUAAAAAUUGCUGCCCAUUAUGAAGGAUCUGGGGACAAAGUGGUUUUUAUCGCUGUUGCUGGCAGAAGUAAUGGUCUUGGACCUGUAUUAUCAGGAAACACAGUUUUCCCAGUUAUCAAUUGCCCUCCUGUAAAACCUGAUAAUGUUACUCAAGACAUCUGGUCUUCACUGAAUGUGCCAUCUGGUCUUGGCUGCACUACUGUUGUUUAUCCAGAAUCAGCAGCUCUUGCAGCUGCUCAAAUUCAUGCCUUGCACGACUAUCUUGUGUGGUCUCGUCUGAGAGUAAAGCAGCUUAAUAACUUUGUGACUUUGAAGGUUGCUGAUAAAAUGAUUCGAGAUAUGGAAAUUUGAUAUGUUGCUCAAUUCCAUUGUUCAUGCUCAAAUUUGUAUUCAAAUUUAUUUUUUUCAAUAAAGUGAAUCCAAAAUAUUUAAA